AUGUCUGACAAGAAGCAGUCUAUUACGUUCCGGGAGAUCAACACCACGUAUCCCGGUCCCAACGCCCCAAACACUUCUUGGACCCAAGGUAAGAGCAAUCCCCCCCAGAGCAUCACCCUCCGUCCCACUCGGGUCGAUCCCCCUCCCAACUGGGUUCCCCCCCAAAACAUCCCCCUCAUCCUCAUCAACGGCAUCCCCCUGAAAGAUCUCCCCGCUGACCCUCCCGCUGGCAAAGUCUGGAUACCAGAGGAAGACGAAGAGGGCGUCGAGUUUAUUCGACCCGUGGUCCACGGAACCAUCAAGUUCCGCCCCGACCCGCCUCCCUUCCCUGGUUCCGGCCCUGCCAGUGAACUCUCCACAGGUACCACCACACAAGGUACCCCAACGUCAUCGACUAGGACGCUGUGGCCGAAGGUUCCUCCCGGCUUCACUGAGGCCCAUCGUGGCCAGGCCAAUCUCUAUGAUCGUCCUCUUCAUUUGAUCCCGAGCGAAUACUCACAUUACGGUGCGCAGGGCUAUUGUCAACUUCAGGGUGUGCCGAACUCUCGCCAACUUGAUGCCGGUCGAAUCGCUGGCCCUAUCACUCCUAUCACUCCUGUCGCAGACCCCGUCACUCCUCGCAGUGACAAAACUCCAACAGAUGUCUACUCCUCAGCCUCUUCGUACCUAUCGAGGCAUAACAUCCCUCCUCCCAUCAGAACCACAGGACUCAACCCAGUUGCCAACGACUUCACACCAGGAGCUUCCCCAAUGGUGAGCCCCACUGACAAGCAAACCCCUCGGGCCCCAGCAGCUUUCUCACGCUUGGGACAGUCAGGACCUCUAAGCCCGGAACUAGCCAGGGACAAGAUGUAUCUCGAAAACCAGGCCGAGAUCCACCGCAGGAGCAUGUUUCGACCUGUUUGGGUAGUUCAGCCCCGUGUGCAGGUGAGAGAGAACCAGGAGACGGAGGGCCUUGCAGGCCAGGAUUCUCACGAGAGCCGUCAGGUUAUCGAGGAUGAACGCGAGCACAUUGACGCAGUUAAUGACUGGUUCUGGGCUCAGGCUAAGCAAGCGCCGCAAGUCCCCAAGCCAGAGCCCAAGGAAUAG